AUGACUGACGAUGCGCUCUCAAUCGUUCAAAAGGCCAUUGAUGCUGUGGAUCCCUACGCAGCCAUACGCAGCAACGUUCAUUUUGACUCGGAGACCAACAGCCUUCAAGUGGGUGCAGCCAAAUCGCUGGAUCUGAACCAGUUUGAUGAUGUUGUUCUUGUCGCAUUUGGAAAAGCCUCUUCUGCGAUGGCCACAGGAGUGCUAGAGCAGCUAUCAGAGGGAGAAACGACCACAAACAUCAAGAACAAUAAUAUUCAAGGCGUAGUGAUUGUCAAGGAUGAUCACGGGACAGAAAAAGAACAGGCGACCUUGGAAUCCCAUGGCAUUUCAUUUCUGGAGGCGAGUCACCCUGUACCGGAUGCACGAUCUGCUCACGGUGCCAUGGAAAUCAUGAAGAUGGUAUCGGAGACAGCCAACUCUCGAACCCUGGUGAUUUGCUGUAUCAGUGGAGGAGGCUCAGCCUUGUUCUGUUUGCCUCAGGAGAGAUUGACUCUGGAUGACUUGCAACGGACAAAUGCGGUACUAUUGGCAUCAGGUCUGUCCAUCCAAGAUAUGAAUGUGAUUCGCAAGCGGUUAGAAGAUGGCAAGGGUGGACGAUUAGCUGCUGCUGCCUACCCAUCUACAGUGAUCAGCUUGAUCCUUAGCGAUGUGCUGGGUGAUCCUCUAGACUUGAUUGCCAGUGGUCCUACUGUCCCAGACACUAGCAACUGGUUGGAUGCAUGGCAAUUGGUGCAAAAGAAUAACCUGGAAGAUAAGCUGCCAGAAGAUGUUGUGCAAAUACUGAAGGAUGGAAUCAAUGGGGACAUGCCGGAUUCUCCCUCGGAAGAUAGUGCUAUUUUUCGGGAGGGCAAGUGUGAAACGAUUGUGGUGGGCAACAAUGAGCGGGCUGUGGAGGCUGCAGCCACUGAGGCAAAGAGAAUUGGCUACGACACCAAAGUGCUAGGCUGCAGGGUGGAGGGAGAAGCCAAACAUGUCGCCAACGUGUUUGCUGCAAUGGCGCAACAACUCACUCUACAAAGGAAUGGACCUGGUCAGGAUUUCUCGUUAGCAACAUUACCGGCUGCAUUGAUCUCAGGUGGGGAAACUACUGUGUCCAUAGAGCCUGGCAGCGAUGGUAAAGGUGGAAGAAAUCAAGAAUUGGCUCUGGUCUUUGCGGACUGCAUUGGCAAGCUUGGCCUGCGAGAUGUGGUGUUGGCAUCUGUUGGAACAGAUGGAACCGAUGGUCCUACAGAUGCUGCAGGAGCUGUAGUGGACGGUGGGACACUCGAAAGACUCGAAGGCUCUGCCGAAGAUGCUCUAAGACAUCAUGACGCCUACAAUUUCUUGGACCAGGUUGAGAGUGACAGUCACAAGCCCCUGAUCAAAACAGGGCCGACAGGGACGAACGUAGCCGAUGUUUGUGUUGUACUUAUACGGUAG